AUGCCCAAGCGCCCGCGCCCCCACGACGCCCAAGAGCCGCACCCUCCUCCUCGGCUCGCAGGUGGAGCCGGCGCCAUCGUCCGCGACGCGAGCCACCAGGCGGCAGAGCGUACGGAGGGAGUCUCGAGCGCACAGCUGAGGUUCAAGGGCAGCAGCAACAGCACUCGCGCACCGCCCGCCAAGCGCCCACGCACGACCGCGCUCCCCCUCCUGUCGCUCGAGGGCUCGCUCUCCGAGGAGAUCCUCCUGCGCUGCCUGUCGUUCCUCGGCGCGCACGACCUCGUCACCGUAUCGAGGGUGUCGAGUGCAUGGUGGCGCCUGUCGCAAGAUCCUCAGCUCUGGCGCUCGCUCUACCUGCGCACCUACGCCUCGCCAUCGGUUCGUCGACGUGCCUUCGCAGGCGAGAACGUCGCCAAGACGCGACCCUGGCGCGAGCUGUUCAAGGUCUCGACCAACUGGAGAACGGGCAGCGCGAGGACGAGCACGCUCGGCAAGGGCAUCCGCAAGGCCGUCCUGCCCGAGGCUCCUCGUGACCUGUCGAUCCGUCCCGCCGAGGUCCCGCCAGUACCGGCCCUGCCGUCGCCGUCGGUCGCGCCGAGCCCUGUCGAGGACGCCGACACGCUCCUCCAGUUCCACCACAACUACAUCCUGUCGGCCUCGCGCACGCCCACCACCGGCGACGACAUCCCGUCGGUCACCGUGCACCGCACGCUCGCCGCAGGCGACUCGGCCGUUGUCGGCAGCGUCACGUCGACCCGGCUGAGCGCCUACUUUGCCGCCCGACCCGACUUUCGCCCGCCGCUCUCCAUCACCGAGAUGCGGCUCGACGAGGACCCGUCGUCGUCGUCGACCGCUGUACCAUGGGCCCGAGGUCCGCUCCUCGCCGUCUUCUUCUCGACGGGCCAGUUCUCCCUCUUCCGCCUCACCCUCCCCUCGCCGACCGACCCGUUCGUCCCCUUCUCGGCGCACGAGGUGUACGCGUCGCUCGCGCUCGGCGCACCGCCCGCGUACCCGUUCGCGGCGGCGUCGGCGCCCCCGAGCUCGCCGUUCGACCCGGUCGUGCUCGCGAGGCUGCACGGCCCGAUCCUCGUCACGCUCUCGAGGGAGAUGACGAUGCGGCGCGAAGCGUCUCAUCGAGCCAAACUGAUCGGCGACCCGGAGCCUCUCGGCGACCGCUUCACCGUCUCGCUCGCCUACUCGGCGCCCGUCUUUCCCGCCACGUGGACCGUCGGGCUGCAAGAGUUCCUCGUCACCCUUGAGCCGCCUUCCCCCUCCCCCUCACUCGCCCGCGUGUCCAAGAUCCACAUCGUCGCCCGCAACGCGACUGCCCUACCUGCCCAUGCGGCGCUCCCCUCGACCCCUCGACGCACCGCACCCCUCCUCGCCACAUCGUCCUCGCCGCCUCCCGCACCGCGCAACCCGGUCACGAGCAUCGAGCACUCGCACCCGUUCAUCGUCACGAGUCGCGCCGACAACACGCUCGACGUGUACGAGGUCGGCGCCACAGAGGGUGAGGAGGGUUUGGGUCGAGGAGGACAAGAUUGUCGUCGCCGAGCGGGCGAGGGACGGGCGAGGCGAGGAGACGGUCAGGGUGCUCAGGUUUGACUAGAGCUCGCGUAUGUGCGAGCUGUGUAGCUGCAGGGUCUUUGUAUCGAACCAUGGUCGAGGUC